AUGAGAUGAUCUCACAUGGCAGGUUUCAUAACUCUGACUUAAAAUUUAGCAAAAUUAUGCCCCUUUUUACAUAGAAAUUUUGUUGGGAAGUUUCGCAUGUAAGCAGGUUUGGCAGGAACUAUUUUACUAAAUGCUUUCAAGCAGCAUGAAAUGAACAUUUGAAGCCAGGUUCCAUGUCAGUGACUUACAAUUUACAAACUCAUGAACCUUUUUCAACUGAGAAAAUUUUGGUAAAGCUUUUGUAGGUAAGCUAGUAAUAUUUGAAAGGAUUCAAAUAGUCAAGUGCACAGUCUUUAGACAGUUUUGUUCUUUAAUUUUAAAUAAAGAAGUAAUUAAAAUAGAAUGGUUAUUAUAAUUAAGAAUGGUCUCUAUAACAUUAUAAUGAAAAUUUAUAUAACUUGUAUCCUUUAAACUACAGUAAAGAGUAUAAGGUAAUCUAUUGCUGAUUGUGCAUUUGUACUUGUAUUUCAGGACAGUGAUAGCCAGCAGCAGGAACUGUUGAAACUGUCACAGGAUACCGAGUACCAGCAAAUGCUAAUCAGACAAUCAAAGGAAAGAGAGAGUCUUCAGAAACGCCAUCAAUCUGAGCUGGAAGAUUUCCUUCAUGAGAAAGGCAUCAGCAUCCCCGCCUCACCACUUAUAACUACAGCAACGGGCAGCCUGUCUACUGCUCCAAUACUGAGUCCUCUAAACAUGAGCAGUAUUCCUAACCCACCACCUCUGCCAGCAUCGCUGAUGUCUAUACAUAUGAGAGACAAUUUCCCAAUAUUCUCUAUGUCUCAAAGACGGCCAAACAAAGGUUCGGCUGGAUCAUUCAAUGAAGAACUAUUUAAAUGUGUAGAAAAUUUUACAGCACGUCACCAAGGAUCAUACGGAUCUCCCGCCGCUGCAUCUGAUAUAGCUAGUCGCAAAUCUGAGACGGCCUAUACCGAGACUGUAGACCACAGAAGCAGUAGUCCUAGAAUGUCGUACACUACUGUAGAGAGUGGUCAGGGUGGCGAGACUACUCAAGCAGAUGCUCAGCCUUCUAGCCAACCACCAACUACGCCCCUACUGCAAGAAAACAUGAUUUCAAAUGCACAGUUCUCGCUUCUUCCAAGCCAAGUGUACAAUCUGCAAUUCCCGGGAUCAAGUAUUUCGCCAUUUGUUACAAUGCCCUCUGGAUACGCCGGGCCUCAGUUUGUAGAAGCAGGUCUUCUACCAAUGUCAAACUCUUACACGCCAGUGGUACCAGUAGCAACAAUUGCUCAGUCCGGUUCCACAGAAUCUGUUUCCAAUACACCUGCAAAAAGCCAGUCUUGAGUGACUUACUUCAAAUGAACAUAGAAUUAUAUAUAGCACUACAAGUCUUUCAUACUAGGUUAACUAGUAAUUAAAAGUAUUCAGACAGUAGAUGUAGAUGCAGACAUAAUGCAAGAAAAAUAGACUGAAGGAAUGAAAAGUGAAAGUUUGUGAUUGGUCAAAAUUUAAUGGAGUGAGUGAUCUGUAAAAAAAGAGAUUAGUUUUUUGUGGGAACUCUGUUUCAUUGAAGAGCAAUCACCCUUAGAUUAGCAAUAUAUACCUGGAGUAAUCCAAAGAAGAGGGGUUUAAUCCUGAAAUCAAGAGUAUGGUGAAUUGUGUCAAAUGCAAAGUGAACAGUGAUUUUAAUUUGUAUACUAUUCUUUGGUAUCAGGUUGAUCUGAGCUUGUUGAAAGCAUAAGUAAUUUGCUUUCUGGUUUGCAUUUUGAUUAUCAAGUGAAGGGAAUUGAAAGAUAUUUAAUGUACAUGUAUAAAUAUAUGUGGUUAAGUGCGAUGUGAUUAUUAUGGAUUCAUUAAAUACCUAUCUCUUAGUGCCAUUUCAGAAUAUUACCAUUGGUUUAGGAAACAUGCUGUUCAGAUAAAUAGGCUGAACCCCUUGAACGUUUAAUGUUUCAAAAAUAUGUAUGUCUUAUGCUUCACCAGUGCUUGAAUCAGCCUUGUAAAUUUUGAUUAACCUUUAGCCUGCUGGGGGCAAGUGAUUCAGCUUUUGCGAUCAGUUCUGACCAAGAUCCAUGCAGGCUGAUCAUGAUCUGCACUGUUCACUUUUCAGUGAACACCCCAUUUUAGAAAUAUUGCAGGGUAAAGGUUAAAUAAUUGGUCAUCAUGUAAAGCUUUUUCCCAGCAGUAUCUACAAACCACACUUUCUAAGCAAUUUUUUUUUUUUUUUUUUGAAGUAGUAAGAUAAUUAUAUAAUAGCCUUUUUAGGCUUAAGUUAUUUGAAAGUUUGUUUUUGGCCACAGCAUAAUUCCCGAAGCUUCUGUACUGAGUCGAGAAAAUUACUUCAUACAUUGUGGUAUAUUUCUUUCUUUUCUCUUUUUUACUGAGUCGAGAAAAUUACUUCAUACAUUGUGUUAUAUUUCUUUCUUUUCUCUUUUUUUUGUGGCCCCAAAGAGGUUAUUGUGUUAUAUUUCUAGGAAAAAGGAAUUUUUGAUUGGUGUGUUUCUUAAAAGAAGAUAUUUUGUCAAUAACUAUGUUUCAGACAAUGUUUAUUUGUAAAUUUGUAUUUCAACAAAAUAGAUAUUUUUGUAAUUUAAGGUUUGGUCUUAUGACAAUAGCAGACAACAACAGUUAUUAUCUAAACAUGUAUGUAAUCAGUAUGAAUUACAAUGAUACACUGUAAAGUCAAAUAUUUGCUGUCAAAAUCUUUCAAAGUAAGUUUUUGACUGUAUUUGCAGUGUUAAAUAUUUGUAAAAGGGGUAUUUGCUAUGAAAUGGAAGUAAAUCUGUUAAGAGUUUUUGUGAUAGUUCCGACCUUUUUGCAAGAUUCGCUGGAUUUCCUGUAGUAAGAUGCAGAUUUGUUUAAAAUUACCAGAAUCAGAUAUAGAAAAAAUUAAAGGUGGUAAAUCUUAUUUUGGUAAAAUAAUGGACUUGUUUGAAACUUAUUAACAUUUCAUCAUUUACAGUUAUUUAUGUUCACAGAGUGCCGUUAGAUUUUCACUGUAGGUAGUUUCAAAUUUGAUUUUUCUAUCCUGGUUGGGUACCAAGAUAAAGGUUUUUAGCAUAAGUAUAAAUUGCAUAAAGAUACAUUUAUUUAAGAAUAAUGUAAACGUAAGAACAAUUGUAUUACAUUUGUCAAAGAGUUGCAUUUGACAUUUACAAGUUCGUAAAACUAUAGUUACCUCCCUUUUGCUAGUCAUGGUUGUGCAAACCAUGAUAGGUAGGAAGCAAAUAAAUUCCAAAGCUAUACAUUUUUUCAGACUUUGCUCAAAUUGUUGGAAUAGAAUGUAAAACAAAAAAUUAUUUAUACAAAUGUAUAAUCAAAGGAAAUAUUCAGCUUUUUAAUACUUUCAUGUUAAAGGGGAUGAUAACAAAAAUUUGAUACAAGACAAGAAGACACAUUUCUAAUUGGGAUCUAUUUUUUCUGUAUUUGGCUUCAAAUAAGUGUCCUAAAAUGUUGCUUAAAUGAGUGACCACCUUUAAUUGAAUGCAAAUAUAUUUGAUUUCACAGUAAAGUAACUGUGUCUGUCUGUACAGUAAAAGCAUCUUGCACUUAACCAAAAGUUAACAACAGAUCACCUUAUAUUUGUUAAUUUAAACAUGUUAAAAUCUGUAAAGUCAUGUUUAAACAUGUACAGUUGUUUAUAAAUUACUUUUAUUGUUCUGCAAUUUAACUUUUUUUUCCUUGGACUGUAGCUGACCUGAGUGCUACUAAAAUAUUGGUCACAGUUGUAAGAAUUUUACAGAAUUUAUCUUUACAUUGUGCUUCAGUUGAUACGUAAUGAUUGUACAAAUAAGUACCAUUUUUGUUAUAUACAUGUCUGUAAAUUAUUUAUUUUUGCAACAAGUAAUUCUUGGAAUAUAUAAAGAUAAAAGAAAAGGCGACACCAUAUCUUGCUUGUAUAAUUCUUAUUGUCACCGCCUAUCACAAUAGUAUGGUUUCCAUUUUAGCUUGCAGCUUUUCCAAAGUAAAGUUAAUAAAACAAAGUUUUUAUUAAUUGUUGAAAAUAUGUGGAGAUCUUCUAUGCAUCAAAUAUACAAUACAUUUCCACUAACAAACCUGCAAAGGAUUUUGUGAUGAUUCUUGCACUUCCGUGGUUAAAAGUGGAUGUUUUGAGAAUGAUGUACAUUGUUAUGGGUUUUGUUACAGUCCGUAGAACAAAUACAAGGAUAAUUGUUUAUAUCAGCUUGGGUAAUCAGUUUUACAUGUAUAUGAAAGAGAAUUUAUUUUAGUUUCAUUAGUCCUGCACACUUGUGUAAUUGACCACAGUCCAGUGAUUGUUUCUAUGGAAACUAAAUUUCAAAUUCUUUGGAGAACAUGAUUUCAAAAUCAGAAACAGUCCUAUAAAAUCUUUUGUUUUAUAUUGUUAUUUAAAGAAUUGAAAAUAAUGGCAAGAAACGCAUUUUCUGAUCAAACUAAACUUCAGAGAUCUUUGAUAUGUUAUUCUGUCCAAUUUAUUUUAUUCCUUCUCUUAGAUUAUACUGAGGCAAGAAAGGUGAUGAUGUGAUGUUCAUUAGUUGUUUAUGUAUUGAGAGAGUAAUUGUCCGCUUUAUAAAUGUCACAUGUUAUGAUUUUCAUAAAUGACUACCAAAGAUGAGUGCUUAUUUUGUAAGGACAUAAAUGAGUAAAUAUAUUUCUUUGUCCAAUAAAUUGCUCAAAAUUCGAAUUUCUCCAAAAAUUACCUCUUAGUGUGCAAUAUGUAUUAUGUUAGACAAAAGAAUUUGGAGAAAAAACUUGGAUAUAGUGUCGUGUAGGUUAGCAAUCUUCAGCAUUACACGUUGUUGCAAGUCUAAAUCCUAUCUAGUCUUCUCUUACAGAUUUCACAAAUUUUUACUGGUAUACCCCAAAGAAAAAAAACUCUCAGGACUACAUAGGACAUUAGCUGUGUCUGUAGCAAAGGAUGUUCUCUUAUAAUCAAAACAUUUGGAAGUUUUUAUAGGAUGGAGCAAAAUAUUUAAAAAAAAAAAUGAAUAAUAUAAAUGAGCUGCGCCAUGAGAAAAUCAACAUAGUGGCUUUGCGACCAGCAUGGAUCCAGACCAGCCUGCGCAUCUGCACAGUCUGGUCAGGAUCCAUGCUGUUCGCUAAUGGUUUCUCUAAUAGCAAUAGGCUUUGAAAGCGAACAGCAUGGAUCCUGACCAGACUGCGCGGAAGCGCAGGCUGGUGCGGAUCCAUGCUGGUCGCAAAGCCACUAUGUUGAUUUUCUCAUGGCGCAGCGCAUAUCAUUUCAAGACUGAACAUGCAUUGUUGUAUUCCUGGUCUAGUAUAUGAUUUAGAUGUAGCAAAUACAAUAUAGAGGUAUGCUUGGUAUAAUUUUUUUUGUCAAAUAAUGGAGACUGUGCAAUGUAUUGUUAGCUACCAAAGAUACUGUGAUGAUAGUUCUUUGUUUUGCCUUAAUUAUACUGCUUAACUUGAUGUGUAGAAAAUGUAUGAAUGUGCUGAAAACUAUUGUAUAUCUGACUGUUCUUAGUUAAAGCAAAUAUUGAUUUUUUUUCUUUCACCACAAGAUAAUUGAAUUAUAUUUGCUGAUGAGUACAAAUUUUUUUAAUUCUUUACUUUGAAUUCUAGCCAGGUUUUGAACUUGACUGUCACAAAAAGUGAGUUAUAAUAGAUCUACUGCAAAUUUGCUAUGUGCUAUAAUUGUUAUGGUGUAUCUUUUGUUACCUGUAGAAACUCCAGGAAGGUUGAUUGUGAAAGUCAUUUAAAGACAACAGCUUGAUGAUUGAACUUAUGGUAUCAGAUCCACAAAUAAGCAAGUUCUGUAUAACAGUGCUAUUAAGAUAUAUCAAAAUUUGAUGCCUGGUAAACUCAAAUAAUAAUCAUUUGAAAGUGUAUUGUCUACUGAAAAGAAAAAUAUAAAUUACAUGACAAAAAUGUGUUACAGAAUUUUAAUUAUUUUACUUUAUAGUCUUUAAUGAUAAUUCAACAGAAAUCCAGUUAUAACAGUGUUAAAUUUAUCAUUUUGGAGUCAAAAAACAUGAUUUUUAGAUAUUUUUUAUAGUCAUUAACUAAUUCUUGUUCAGCAGACACUACUCUUUUCAAAUGAUACCAAAAAGACAUGGGGGUCACCAGGCAUCGAAAUUUCUCCUAUUUUUGGAUAGGAUACCUUAACUAGUAAAUUCUGAUUUAAUAGCUUACAGGUCUUAAACUGAAAUACUGUUAAGUCAGUGAGUUUAGUGGCAGCGAGUAAAUUCAAGAUUUAUUUAAAAAUCAAUGCAACCAUCUCCAAUUAAGGUUCAGAACAGGUAAACCAUAUAAAAAUGGUAGAACAUACACUUAGUGUGAAUGAAAAGUUACAAAUAAAACAUAAAUUU